AUGAUGCUUUACGCAUCUCAGGGGGUGCGGAGUGCUGCCCGUAAGGCCUCCAACGUUGCUACCCAUCAUGGUGGGCACAACGGACAUGGGGGCAGCACAACCGCCAACGCAACUUCGAGAUCUUUACACAUCGGCGCCAACCUGCAAAACGCAGCUCGCGCAAUCCACUCACCCAUACCGACCCUCGAGUCAAUCCGCCCCCGCAAUCCGUCUCACAAGCUCUUUUCCGCCUCCAAGAACUUCCUGCAGAGGUUUUUCACCUACUUAACUACUCCAGGCUUCAGAGCCCCGGCCCACUUCGCCGAUGUCGUUGGCCCUCGAUCCCUUCAUAGCGCUGCCUUCCGCGGAUCAACCAUACGCGACGGACUUUCCCUCCCGGUUCGACAGGCGCUCAAGAACAACGCAAUUAGGCGCCAGGCCAACACCUUCCUUCCUCGUGCUCCGGCUCCGGCUCCCCCUCGGUGUGGAGGUAUUGCCCAAGUCGGUCUAGGAACUGCCCGAAACUUCAGCACAGGUCGUCCGAUAUUCCAGCACCUAGCCGAAAACGUCCCGAUCGCGGGCAGAGCAUUGUACGAGGUCAAUUGGGACCUGGAGAUGAGGAAGGAGAACAAGCGCAUGCGCACACUGGCUCAGAACAAAGUCAAGAAGGUGUCGAAGACCCAGGAAAUGAUUAAGCCUGUUCAGAAGAAAAUCGAGCAACAGGCCAUCGAGAACAAGGAGGUCACUGAUGUCUCUGCCCAGGAUGACUUUGCGCACUUCUUCCACGCCAUGUCAAACCCCGCCGUCACUACCUACCUCCUUAUACCUCUUGCUCCAACUCCAACCACGCGAGUUCCUCUACGUCCAGAUCCAGGGCGUUCAGAUGCGCUACUUCCGCCGCUGUCGUAUCUUGGAACGCUACACGGCUCAUACUCCACUCACACUUUGCGAGUAUCGUCCCUCUUCACUCGCCUUGAUCAAGCCAACGUAUGGGCACGCGGCGUGCAUUGCUCUGCCUACUCGCAGGGCCAACAAUAUCAAUGCCUGGGUAUAAAUGACGGUGAUGUCGGCGAAGGGGUGUGCACUAUCCUCAAAGUUGAAUUCCGAGGCUGGGCCAAGGCCGAGGUGCGAAGUGUGAUUGGCGAAAGUGGCACGGGCUGGUGUGUUCUGGAGGAGGUCGUUCAUGAAGAGACAACGGCGGAAGAAGAUCUUUCCGACAUGGAUUCCUUGUGCUCUGGGGUUUAUGAUGACCAACACGCGUUUGUAGAAAGCGGGGACCCGUUCGGUGUGAGGAAGGCAAUCGAUCCCGCACAGUCGUUCGUAUUACCGACUCUUGAUCUCUCUGCGACUCCCUCGUCUCCGCCUUCUCCGUCGCCCUCCUUUUUCUCCUCCAUCCCGCCGCAGAUGGAGGACGAUCCUUGGGCAGAUGAUGAUGAUUCCGACGGCCUCGUGUCAUCGCUUGAGUCCGACCUGUCCAGUUUGAUUAUCGACCCUCCGUCUGUCAACGGAUAUUUCGGCCUUAGCUCUCGCUACGAGCAUGUUCGGGACAUGUCCGAGCCCAGAGAAACUAUGUUUUACUGA